CUCUCAGUGAACACCACAUGAAUGCAUGCAUUGACUCACCGAUUGAAUUGACGUUUCGGUUAAAUAUAUACCCGUUUUGACAGCAUUUCACGGUUUAUAACAAGUAUUCAUCACUUCGUUGUCAUUCAAUUGAUUUCGUUUCGCAACUAAAAGUCAAUUAUUUGUAACUCAAAGCCGACGCCAAACGCACGAUAUGUUCAAAAAGUUUGACGAGACAAACGUCUCGGGCGUCACUCAACUCAAGUCGACCGUCCAGAAGGGCAUCAAGAAUAAGAUCGUCGACCAGUUCCCGCACAUCAAGGACUACAUCGAUGACAUCUUUCCCAAGAAGGAGGCCAUCAAGACGUUGAAAUGCCACGAGCACAUCGAGGUAGUGAUCGGACCCAAUGGCGAACACCUAUUCUUCCGGCAAAGAGACGGUCCAUAUUUGCCGACAUUAAAGAUCGUUCACAAAUACCCGUUCAUAUGUCCGCUGAUGCAGGUGGACAGGGGUGCCAUCACUUUCGUGCUGAGCGGCGCCAAUAUCAUGUGUCCGGGACUCACAUCCAAAGGGGCGAUAAUGACACCCGAUUUGCCGGCGGACUCAGUGGUCACUGUUAUCGCCGAAGGCAAACAACACGCGCUGUCCGUCGGUGUACUCAAGAUGUCCACGAAUGACAUAGCCAAAAUCAAUCGCGGGAUUGCCAUCGAAAACAUCCAUUUCCUUCAGGACGGCCUCUGGCGCAUGAAAACCAUUAAAUGAAAAUCUCUGUUUGUAUUAGUUUUUAAUUUUUUUCUAUAAAUUAAUUGUAUUUUUAACAAUAAAUUUGAUUGAAAUGAGCGAAACACUCGUUGGUUUGUUUGUGA